AUGGCUAUCCAGAAGAAGUCGUGGUGUCAAGUUGCUGCAGAAUGCAUGCCUUCACAGUCGCUAAUUAUCGGCGUCGACCUUGCUCCCAUCAAACCCAUUCCGAAAGUCAUUACCUUCCAGAGCGAUAUUACCACAGACAAAUGUCGGGCUACGAUACGACAGCAUCUUAAAUCCUGGAAGGCUGAUACUGUUCUCCAUGAUGGUGCGCCAAACGUUGGUGUAGCAUGGGUUCAAGAUGCUUUCUCACAAGCGGAGCUAGUUCUCCAGUCUCUAAAGCUAGCGACCGAAUUUCUGGUUCCAGGGGGAACAUUUGUUACCAAAGUCUUCCGGUCAAAAGAUUACAACCCGUUAUUGUGGGUAUUUAAGCAACUUUUCAACACCGUGGAAGCUACAAAACCCCCUUCGUCACGAAAUGUCUCUGCCGAAAUUUUUGUUGUGUGCCAAGGCUUCAAGGCUCCCAAACAUAUCGACCAGAAAUUCCUUGACCCUAAGCAUGUUUUCGCCGAAUUGCAAGAUCCUACUCCAAAUCACGAGGCAAAAGUGUUUAAUCCCGAGAAAAAAAAACGGAAGAGAGACGGAUAUGAGGAAGGAAAUUACACCCAAUUCAAAGAAAUCCCAGUUAGCGAAUUCAUAAACACGGCAGAUCCAAUAUCGAUAUUGGGAGAAUACAACAAGUUGAGCUUUGAACAGUCAAUUGGCGGAGAUCUUGCUUUGGCGACACUCGCACGGCUUCCAGAAACCACAAAGGAAAUCCAACUAUGUUGCGAAGAUCUCAAGGUCCUAGGAAAAAAAGAGUUCCGCAACCUGUUGAGAUGGCGAAUAAAAGUGAGAGAAAAGUUUGGGCUAUCCGUGAAAAAAGGCCCUAGUAAACCAGCUGAGAGCGAAGAGGUAGCUGAGGUGGAGCCAAUGGAUGAGGAACUCGCAAUCCAAGAGGAUCUGCAACGGUUACGGGACAAGGAGACAUCAAGGAGAAAGAAGGAACGGAGAAGAGAAAACGAACGAAAACAUAAGGAAAUAGUACGGAUGCAGAUGCAUAUGACAACCCCUAUGGACAUUGGUAUCGAACAAUCUGGACCUCUUGGGGAAGGGGCUAUGUUUGCGCUUAAGCCCGUCAAACGCGCUGGCGAUGUGAGCCAAAUAACCAGUGGUAAAAUGGUGCCUAUUGAAAGUGAUGAGGACGAAGAAGAUGAUGAUUCGACAACCGUUGAAGAUGAUUCAGACGAAGAGGAAGAUCGGCUAGAGCGCGAGUUAGAUUCCAUGUACGAGAGAUACCGAGCUGAUAGGGAAGAUCGGGAUGCAAAAUUACGUGCUAAAAAGGCUCGCAAAGAAUUUGAAACGGAAGAGUGGGAAGGGAUUUCUGAUUCCGAUAAAGAGGGCGAUGAGGACACAGAUGGCGAUGAUGCAAGGUUGCAAGAUGCUAUACCGCGACCUACGGUUGACAGUAAAGGGUUAUCUAACAGGGCUGCGAUGUUUUUCGACCAAGAUAUAUUCCAAGACUUGGGAGACCUCGGUGAUGAAGACGAAGAAGAUGUGCCAGGGUCUGAAGACGGGUCCGCAACUCGGGACCAAGAAGACAUUACAGAAGAUGAAGAGGGGUCUUCCGAUGCUUCUGAUAGUGUCGACGAUGUUCCAGAAAUACAAAUACCCGCAACGCUGGACAGGAAACAAACAUCCGAGAAACGAGAAUCCACACGUAAAAUGAACUCGAAGGGCAAUGAGAUACACUCUGAGUUUGAAGAGGAGGAGAGACAAGACCCUCGGAAGAAGAAUGGACAACUUGACAUCGACAUAAUAACAGCAGAAGCCAUGGCUCUCGCUCAACAAAUCGCCAUGGGCGAGAAAACAGCCCACGACGUUGUGGACGACGGUUUCAACAGAUAUACUUUCCGCGACACCGAUGGACUCCCAGAGUGGUUCCUAGAUGACGAGGGCAGACACUCCAAGCCCCUAAGGCCCAUCACUGCUGCCGCAGUCGCGGCUAUCCGUGAAAAGAUGCGCGCCAUAAACGCCCGCCCUAUCAAAAAGGUACUCGAAGCCAAGGGCCGCAAAAAGUUCAAGGCUGCGCAGCGGUUGGAGAAACUACGCAAGAAGUCUGCAUUGCUGGCGGAAGACGAGGCGAUGAGCGAGAAGGAUAAAGCGCAGACGAUUGCGCGCAUGAUGAGUCACGCGAUGAAGAAGAAGCCGAAGCAGACUGUGAAGCUUGUUGUGGCGAAAGGGGCCAACAAGGGCAUUUCCGGCAGGCCCAAGGGGAUUAAGGGGAGGUAUAAAAUUGUGGAUUCAAGGAUGAAGAAGGAUAUUAGAGCCGAGAAGAGGUUGGCGAAGAAGAGGAAGAAAAAUUAA